GCGCACCGCGACGGGAUCUAUUGUUGGUAGACUCACGCGCGCCAGUUAGCAACCUUGUGCAAACCGGGAGAUACAGAUAUACGCACAUACAUAUAUAUAUAUAUAUAUAUAUCAGGAGUUCUUUGUGCCAGUACUGUUCAGCGGAGACAAGAGAGAGCGAGGCAGGGAUAUGGGUCGGCAUGUGAAUCCGGGUCCCAAGCGCAGAGCGAUGGCAGACAGCGAUGACGAGUUCGACCGCCGGCGGCGGGACAAGUUCCGGCGGGAAAGGAGCGAAAUAGACCGGUCCAGAGAAAGGGAGGACCGGCGCCGCGAGGACUGGCCGGAACGGGACUGGGAGCGUGUUCGUGAGAGGAGGAGGGACUACGAUCGGGGGCGCAGGGAGCGCUUCUCUCCUCCAAGACACAUCAGCCCCCAGCACAAACGCAUGAGGAGGGACUGGGAGGAACAUCGAGGAGAACCCUACAGGGGGGGCUAUGAGCUGCCGUACGGGGGAGGACCCCCCUACCCCCCCCCUCCUGGACCCCAGGGCUGGGGCCCCCCUGACAUGGCCCCCCUGCACCCGCACCACACACACCCUCUACAGGGCAGACUGGGAGGGAUGUCCGACCCAGACCUCCCUCCCCCCGCCCCGCCCUCCAUGCGCAGCUUCAAGGAGUUCCUGCUGUCCAGCGACGACAGUGUGGAUGAGACGGAGGCUGUGAAGAGGUACAACCAGUACAAGAUCGACUACAGACGACAGCAGCUGCAUGACUUCUUCCUGCUGCACAAGGAGGAGGAGUGGUUCAGGUCUAAGUACCACCCAGAUGAGGUGGGGCUGAGGAGGGCGGAGUCUCUCGCUGCUCUCAGGAACCGACUAGGUGUCUUCCUCUUCCUGCUGGACAACGGUUGGAUGGACAACCUGUCACUUGACAUGGAACACGCCCCUGCCAUCCUCAAACUGCUGGAUGCAGCGGUGAUAAAGAUGGAGGGAGGGACAGAUCAUGACCUGCAGGUUCUGGAGCUGACGACAGGGGAGACGGGGGAGGUGGGGGGGGAGAAGGGGGAGGCAGCGCCCUCCAGGAAGGAGAAGACCCCCCCUGGAGACCCCCCCUCCCCCCCUAUCCAGACACACAACCAGGAGGGAGGUGAGGAGUCCAAGCAGCAAAAUGGAGAGAAAGCAGAAGGAGGAGAGGAAGAGGGGGAAGAGGGAGAAGAGGGGGAAGAGAAGGAGGAGAAGAAGAAGACUGUGAUGGUAAAAGCCAGGAAGAGGAAGCGGAGUGCGUCAGCUGACAGCGGGGAGGGGAGUGGCUCCGACAGUGACUCCUCCCCCUCAGAGGAGGGAGAGGAGGAGGAGGAGGAGGAGGGAGAGGAAGACAGGGGCGAGCGGAGGAAGGAGAGGGGGCAGGAGCGGGGGAGGGAGGAGGAGAGGGGGAGGGAGGAGGAGAAGGGUUCGGCUCAGCCCAGACCGCUCCACCUCACCACCUCUCUGUUCAUCAGGAGUCUGGCCCCAUCCAUCUCUAAAGAGGAGAUCACUGCUUUGUGUCGCAGGUUCCCAGGGUUCCUGAGGGUGGCGCUGUCCGACCCCCAGCCUGAACACAGGUUCUACAGGAGGUGCUGGGUGACGUUUGACCGAAGUGUGAAUAUCAAAGAGAUCUGCUGGAACCUGCAGAACAUCAGGCUGCGUGACUGCGAGCUGGCCCCGGUGGUGAACAGGGACCUGGCCCGACGUGUCCGGAGCGUGUCUGGACUGACCCAGCAUCGCUCCAUCCUCAGACACGACAUCAAGCUGUCAGCACGGCUGGUCCAGACCCUGGACACCAGACACGCCCUCUGGAGGGGGGGGGAGGAGGGGGGGAGACAGCCCUCCAACCCUGUGCUGGAGAACAUCACUGAUUACCUCAUAGAGGAGGUCAGCGCUGAGGAGGAGGAGCUAACCGGCGUUUCCGGGGGCAACGACCCUGCCGACCCCACUAAAGACUCCGCCCCCGGGGAGAUCACUGUGGAGAGAGACGACAAGCUGGUCAAGGUCCUGGACAGGCUGGCCCUCUACCUGCGGGUGGUCCACUCAGUAGACUACUACAACAGCUGUGACUAUCCUGCAGAGGAUGAGAUGCCCCACCGCUGUGGCCUGCUGCAUGUCAGAGGCCCUGUACCCCCCAACAGAGUCAGCCAGCACCAGGUGUCUGAGUGGCAGCGUGUGUGUGAGCAGCGUCUGUCUCCUCUCCUCAGCGAAUCAGAGCAGGUGUCUGAGGAGGAGGCGGGGCUCCUGGGCAGGAAAGAGGCGGAGCAGGAAGUGGAGAAGUUCCUGGCAGCCAACAGCCAGGAGCUGGGGAAGGACAAGUGGCUGUGUCCGCUGAGUGGGAAGAAGUUCAAGGCUCCAGAGUUUGUCCGUAAACACAUCCUGAACAAGCAUGGAGACAAGGUGACUCAGGUCAGGAAGGAAGUCGACUUCUUCAACAACUUCCUGUCUGAUGCCAAAAGACCCGCCCUCCCAGAGAACAAGCCCCUCCCCCCUCCCUCCCAAGGUGCUCCUCUUCCUGGGAUGGGGUUUCCUGGUCAGUCUCAGGGGCAAAGCCUUCUGGGAUACCCCCCUCAGCCCCGCCUCCCCAUGCCCGGCUUCCCAGGUGGUGGCCCCCAAUAUCCCCAUCACCAGUUCGGAGCAGGCCGCGGUAACUAUGACAACUUCCGUGGACAUGGAGGACAUGGAGGCUACCCUGGGAGGAGUCGCAGCAGUGGCACCAGGGGGAUGCGUGGAGACCCUCGCAGCAUCAUAGAGUACAGAGACCUGGACGCUCCAGAGGAUGUGGACUUCUUCUGACUCCCCCCUCCUCACCCCUCCCUGAACACCUGUCCUCACCUCACCAUGUACACAGAGAGAGUCUUUGUGAGAGCCUGUGUGUGUGUGUGUGCAUGUGUGUGUUUGUGUGUGAGAGAGAGAGCGCACGCGUGUGUGUGUGAGAG